AUGCCGAGUUCAGAGGUCAACGUAGCCAUUGUGGCUCUCAUCAUCUCCCUGAUUGCAUUGACGGCAACGUUUAUGCAGGUUCUCCAGCAGUACUACGCCUCCGCCGCUGGCUACUCGCAGUGCAAUGAAAAGGUCAUGGGCGGCUGGGCCAAAACCAAGACUAGACGCUUCUCUUGGGAAGAGCUUCGAUACGAGGUGCAGUAUGAUGCACCCGUCAUCUUUGUUUCUCCUCCACUCAACCAGCGCGGCCCGAUUCCUGAUGCCCCAAUACAUUUUCUGGAUGGCACGCGCGAGAGCAUGGAAGACACAUGGACUACGCCUGAGCAGGACCCUCACAAGAAUCUAUCGGCCAAGGAUCGUGUUCAUACUGCAGACAACGAGCGGGUAUCGUGGUCGGUGCUCCUGUACGCCAUUCAGGGGAUGGAAGCUGAGUCGCGCGAGUGGCAGAAGAACCAGUAUCCCCCUCCCGGAUCGCCGACGGCAAAGUACGGAUUGUCUAGCACGCCCCCAUCGCUUCGAGAGCAUCAUACCCUGACGGUAGCCCUGCAACGUAAAAGGAAGAGCUGGGAUACCAUGCCACCGUCCAUGACGAAACCAUAUGCUACCACAGCCAUGUGCCACAUGAUUGAAAUGCUUGCUGUGCUGGGAAUUUACUGGAAGGAAUUCGACCGACGUCGCGAUCGAUAUUGGGCUGAAGGAAACGGGUUUCUUGUUCUGGGCGAACGAAAUGACUUGGGAAUUGUGUUUUCGCUGCAAGUCCACGGCAAGUCCACCUUUGAACGCAACAGAGUGAUUCCUGUCGAUUACGUCAAGGAGCUUGCUUUUGGUUACGUGCCCACGAUAUAUCGCGACACCAUCGAUCACAGCCGGCUCAAAGUACCGAGUGACAUGCCGGAGAAUCUCAGUUCGCUGCAAAUGGGCCGCGAGCGAGAGCUGGCAGAGAGCUUGACGGUGAUUGGGUGCAACACGAAUGCAGUAAACUAUUUUCUGGAAGACGGCCAUCGCACGUCGCACAUUUUCCCCAUUGCAUUUGAAAUGCUCGGCAUGCUUAGCCAAAACUUCCACAUCAACAACAGCAGCUUUACGUAUAUCCCGAACCCGACACCGUACAGCCUCGACAAGCGCUCAUUCUCACUGCGUAAGCUCUUGGAAGCGUUCAACGUGCACUUUGAUGCAGACGUCAGCACCACGCGCAAUCACAUUAUAGUCGAAACUAUUCGUCACCAUGUUGAGGAAGUUUUGGAGCACUACUGGGAAAAGGACGGUGCCCAGCGCCUGAUUUGUCUCCGAGUCUUGCACAUGGCCAUUGAUGCUGCAGACGAAAUUUUGACUGCAAAGAGCAAGGAUUCGAUGGAACCGUAUGGGGAGACCCCGAAUGCUAGUCAUUUUGCUGUACCUCAGUUGGUCUACUCCAAUGACCAAGGCGAGACUUCGCGACAGGUUAUGCGUCGGGAGGCGGUGCAACAUGUCUUGCGCUCUCACUUUCAAGAGGUUCUCCGACUGCUUAACGAACAGGACGAGCGGGCUGAAGCGCAGUCUCUGCCACUUCAUCCUGCCAACCAGUCCCCCACCUCACCGUUGCAGUCGCGGCCGCGUGAGAGAGUUGGGCUGCGCACUGCGCCACCACCCACCUUUAGCAAAGUAGACGACGCCAGCCCGGAUGAGCGCCAGCAGCUUCUGAUGGACGUGUAUUUUGAAGUGGUGCGCCCGCGCGUCGUGGAAAAAGCCACUGUUUCGACGAGUCGUAGGGCGAGUCUGACACGGACACGCCCGCGGAGCCUGCCGAGCAUGCGCGGCGCGCGGAGCAUCUCGCGGGGCCACAGCUUGGCGCCGCGCCCGAGCUCCAGCCGCGCCGGCUCCUCCACCGGGGGGUUCGCGGCUGACAAUGCCCCAACGGCGGCGGCUCCCGACGGCGAAAGCGACGCCGAUGUGGCCGUGGCCAGCGACGUCGGAGAUGAGGAAGCGGAAGACGGCAACGGCGUGGCUGCUAGCGCGGCAAAAGGCGAAAAAAGCUGGGUGCCGCUCGCGGCGCAGAUGGCCUCACAUGACGAUAUUUGGUGCACGCUGGUGUUUCGAAUGAUUUGCUGGCUGAUGUUGCAUGAUUUCGACAAGUUGGACGUGCAGCUGCCCAAGAGUGAGCUCCUCGGCAGCCGCGUGCCCGUAUACAUAACAUAG